AUGGCUAAUCUCGAGCUGACUUUAAGCCAACCUGACUCAUGGACCAUAACGAAGACUCUUGGAGAAAACGAUCUUGGCUUUCAGUUUCUUCUGCCGAAGAGAGAUAUGGAGGAUUACAUUAUUACUGAGUUGAAAACUGAUUCAGUCAAUCCUAUAAGUGCAAGCGAUAUUUUGGACGGGCAUGUUCUUUUGAGGUUACUUGACGUGGAUACUGGUGUAGGUUACCUCAUGCGACUAACACAAACUCGUGUGCAAAAUAUGCCUGGUAGUUACUAUUUCAGAAACAUGUGGGGAGAUCUCAAGAGAGAUAGAGAUCUCAGGAUAGGGGAUGUGAUUGGAAUCAGUUGGGAUAAGUGGAAUCACCAGUUCCUUUUUCACGUCAUAUAUGUUGCGCCCCGGCAGCAGCAACAGCAACAACAGCAACAGCAAUACCAGCAGCAGUAUUAA